AUGGAGGGAGAUGUGUUUUCCCAGAAGAGUUUUGAAUGCAGGUUGGUAGAAGCAGAAGAGACACCAGAACAGCAAGCAAGCAAUUCCAGGACAGAAGGAACUGCCAACAAGCUGGCUAUAGAGCAGCUUUGCUUCUCCAAACCAACCAAAGAGAUGACCAAUCACCUUAGACCCUUGUUCAUAACAGCAAACUUUGGGGGUGUUCCUAUUUACAAAAUCAUGAUAGAUGGGGGAGCAACAAUUAAUCUUCUGCCUCAUAGAAUGCUGAGCAAAAUGGGCAGAACAGAGAGGGAUUUGAUUCCAACACGCUUGACUGUCACCAACUUCGCAGGGGGCAUCACCAAAACUCAUGGGAUCUUAGAUGUGGAUGUUAUAGUUGGAAGCAAGAAGCUGAAGAUUGCAUUAUUUGUGGUGGACACUACUUCUACCACUUACAAUGCACUGCUUGGCAGAGACUGGAUUCAUCAGAGUCUUUGUGUUCCUUCCACUCUUCAUCAACAGUUAGCUUUAUGGAAUGAAGAGGGUUACAUAGAGAUAGUAGAGGCCGAUCCACGGCCAUUUCUGCCUUUUGCCAUGUGUUUUGAGGCAAGGUACUAUCAUGAUGACCUUGGUCCUUUCUCCUUCCUUGGAGUCAACUAG